ACAAUAAUUUUAUUUAAAAUGUAUUUUGAUGUGCCUCAAGUACACGUAGUUAGGCGUUAUACAGUAGACGGACAGUAGAUAUGAAAGGUGCGUAGGAAUCAUUGCCCCGAGAGACAAAACGAAUUCAUCGUAACAUGGAUCAGCUUUGACGCGACCUUGGGCGUGGAAAGAGAGGGAGAAAGGGAAAGAGAGAGAGAGGGAGAGGAAUCUCCGAGAAGUUGUAUUUGGGCCUUGGAAGGGACCGGCGAUCAGGGCCUCUACUCUCAAAAUCAAUCAACAAUCAGCAGGAGAAGGAGGGAUGGGUAGCGCAGGGGUUGGUCGGAUUAAUCAACAAUCAGCAGGAGGAGGAGGGAUGGGUAGCGCAGGGGUUGGUCGGGUGAUGAGCGUAGCUAAAGACGGGAGCGGAGAAUUCGCGACGAUCCAAGAAGCAAUAGACGCAGUGCCGUUGGGUAACUGCCGGAGAACCAUAAUAAGUGUUGGACCAGGUGUCUACAGGCAACCUGUUUAUGUCCCCAAGACGAAGAACUUCAUCACCCUCGCUGGCUCUCGCCCUGAGGUCACCCUCGUCACCUGGGACAACACUGCCACUCGCAUCAAUCAUCACCAGGCCUCUCGCUUAAUCGGGACAGGCACCUUUGGAUGCGGGAGUACCAUUGUUGAAGGAGAGGACUUUAUAGCCGAGAACAUCACUUUUGAGAACUCUGCUCCUCAGGGUUCAGGCCAAGCUGUGGCUAUCAGAGUAACUGCUGACCGCUGUGCCUUCUACAAUUGCCGCUUUCUUGGAUGGCAGGACACAUUGUAUUUACAUUACGGAAAACAGUAUUUGAGAGAUUGUUAUAUCGAAGGUAGUGUGGACUUCAUCUUUGGAAACAGUACUGCUCUUCUGGAACAUUGCCAUAUUCACUGCAAGUCACAAGGAUUCGUAACUGCCCAAAGUAGGAAAUCCUCUCAGGAGUCAACAGGCUAUGUGUUUUUAAGGUGUGUGAUCACUGGGAAUGGGGGGACUUCAUAUUCAUAUCUGGGGAGGCCAUGGGGACCUUUUGGAAGGGUGGUUUUUGCAUACACGUGGAUGGAUGCGUGCAUUAAACCUGUUGGGUGGCAUAACUGGGACAAAUCUGAAAAUGAGAGAAGUGCUUGCUUUUAUGAAUACAGGUGUUCUGGUCCAGGUUGUUGCCUCUCAAGGAGAGUAACCUGGUCUAGGGAAUUGGUAGAUGAAGAAGCAGAACAGUUCCUGAUGCACUAUUUUAUCGAUCCGAAUCCUGAAAGACCUUGGUUGGCCCAGAGAAUGGCAUUGAAAGUACCAUUGUCUGCUUAACUCAUCAGAAGCUGCAUGCAGAAGAUCCCCAUGCACAUCAUGGGAGAUGUGUUCCACUGCCAGUCUUUGGUUUCUGGACAUCUGUUUAGCUUGUUUGACAUCACCAGGUGUUCACUGAAAAUGUGAAGCUAGCGGGAAUCUAACAAACAUUUAGUUGUAAGAUGAUAUGAUGAUGUCCUCGUUGCUUA